CAGUGACUACUCAGUCACAAAAAAAUCCAUUGUGCACAUCUUUCCCGUACACCCUGUAAAAGAAAUGUACCAUAGUGAAAAAGAAUGUGUACUUAUCAAAGACAAUUUUACAUGCUCUUUGUCAAACAACACUGAAAAUUGGCCAUGACAUUGAAAAAGACGCCAGUCAUUCCUUUUCCAUUUUCCACUGUUUGCACACAUCCUGUUCCUUGCUUAUUCCCUAUUUCCAAUACAUCCAGCCCCCAUUUUUUUUAAAGUUAAAUCCAGUUAAAUCAAUAUAACCGCUAUCACUACGCACAUAACAGAUAAGCACAAUUUAUCGGGACUUUUAAGCUCUCUAUUUACAAGUUUCGAUUUCGUGUAAAACUACAAUGGAUCGUGCAAAAUAUUCCAAACUGCAAAAUAAGUGGCGGUGUUAUUAUGAUAAGGGUCAACAUGAUAUAUUUAAUACGAGCUCUGAAGAGGAAUCAGAUGAAACACCUCCAACACCAAUGGAAGAAAAUAGUGUUGCAACAAGUACUACUGAUGCAACAGUAACAUCAGAGCCGACAGGCUUGCAAGCUGAGGAGCAUGAGGAAGAACAACCACCAGAUGCGCCUGAAUUGCAAGUACCAGAUGAAAUUGAAGAAUCCAGGGAAGAACAUGUUCCUGUUAACUUUACACUAGAUGAACCUGGUAUGGGAAACGGGUUGAAGCUUGAGCUUGCCAAACUACAAAAACUCAAGUUUGAAAAGUCACUGAAGUGUAUGGCAGCUCAACAACUUGAAUAUAGGCAGAGAUUGAUCAGGCAACUGAAUUUGUUGUUAACUCACAAUCCCAUUGGUGAUUUCGACAGAGAAGUAUAUUCUCUGGAAGAUUUAACAGGCCCAAUUGGGCCCAAGGUUUCAGAAAGACUGAAAAAGAAGUUUGCCGCAAAAGUAAAGUUCGAUGAAUAUCAUGGUGAGAUGGAGAAUAAUAUGCAACAGGAUAUGGUAGAAAUGCAAAACCCUGAUGAGGUGGAGGAUGAAAAUACUGAGGGUCAGGAGGAUCAACAAUGUCACAAUGUGACAUCCUUAUUUAAGCGUCCAAGUGCCCUAUAUCAGUACAAUAUGGUACGCCGUUUAGAGACAAUAUUGGAAGAACCAGAGUCGACUUCGGAAGAACAAGGACAGUCUGAUAUAGACCAACAAUUAGAUACAGAAGAUGAUGUUAGCGAAGAUAAUGUGGAUGGGGACACUGAAUCGGACAUUUCCCUUAAUGAAGACUUUGAGGAGUUGGAGCGCAUAAUUACAGAAUUCCGCUUUAGAGCUCGUGGACGAAGAGCAGCUCUGAGACGUCAACGACGAUUCAACAACCUCAUUAUCACAGUCUUGGUUUCCAUUGCAAUCUCUGUCAGGUUUAUGGGAGGUGAUCUCGUGGAUGAACUUCUAAACUACUGUACUUAUGUAGACUCCACCAUCAUAAUAUGCUUAUUCUCCGCUGUGCUCUGUAUAUGCAAAAUCUAUCAGUCAAUUGCGUAUGCUGAUAUUGAUGAUGAAGAUGAAUACUCGGAGAGUGAGGCAUCCGGUGAUGGACCAUCAGAUAUGGACAUGGAUGAUGAAGAUCCGGAACCGAAUGGGAGCUCGGCCGCAGAAUAAAUGCUUCAACCAGCCAUCAAUAGCAACUGAUACUUCUCAGCCCAUCUCAUCUACUAAAAACACAUGGAGUACAUUCUUAUAUGGAUUAUUUGAUGCUUAAGUAGCAUUCUUAUUUCUAAGAUUUCAUUGAUAUUGUUAAUGUUCUUUAAUUUAGAUAGUUUUUAAUCUACACAUAAUGUAAUUGUGUAGAUUUAUGAAUUAUAUUGAUUGUCGUAGUGUCAAGACAAGGAUUAAUUCAUAUAUAGUUAUAUUUCGACGCUUUGUUCCUGUAUAAUUAAACAGUUCGCGGAAUUUGUUUCUAGUAGGGUUAUCUGCGCAGUGUAUAAUAUAUAUUUAGAUUGUUAAUGUAUGACAGAUGCAACAUCAAGGUAUGCUGCUUUACUGACAAUGUUGUAAGACUUACUUUGUUUUUUUUGACCAAAAAUCUAACCUCAAAGAAGGACACAUUCAGCAUUUAAUAUUUUGUGCUAUCAAACCAUUAUGUUUUUUUUAGUAAUUAAGUUUGUUGUUGCAUUUAUUCGGUAUAUUGAUAUAUAUUUAUAUAAAAAGUAGUACACCACAGGCUGCGGUAUACAUUGCCUCAAGCAACCUGUGGUCAGAGCUGUAGAGAAUGGAGCUUCCUCUCUAUGUGCAUGGUUUCUAAGAUGUCUGCUUUUCUAUUAGGCCCUUAAUACAUCAGUUUAGCAUUGUUCAACUUAAGAUGUUGGUUUACUGAUUUGGCUAUUUGAAUAUUGGUAGUUGAUCUACCAAACCACUAGUAACCGUAUGAGUUGAAUCCAAAUGUUUUGACAAUUUUUCGUUAUUAGUUUGUUACAUUCAUAUUAGUACACAUUACAAGAAGAUUGUAAUACCGACUGUGAUAGUUUAGUGAAAAAUCAGUUCAUAA